GAUGCAUUAAGGUCAACCUCAUAGAAGAGGGUCCAGAUCCCUAAGCUCAUAGGAAGAGAGUCAUAACCAUCAGCGGAGGUUCUGGUUGUUACCAGGCAACAGGAGACUGAGCGGCCCUGACUGCAGCCUCCAGAGCUUGGUGUUUUCCAGCUUUUCCACCUUUGGUUGGGGCUGGAGGGGGCUGUGAGCCAGGUGAAGAAGGGCAGGAGCCCCAGGAACUUGGCUCGAAGGACCUCGCCAUAAUGAAGAAGCUUCUCAGCCUGUGGAGAAUGAAGGACGCGUCCCUCAGCCGCUCCUCAGACCUGUCCUUAUCCGUGGGUAGCAGCUACUCAGAUCUGUCCACGGAUGGGAGUUACAACCUUCAACAUAGGCAUUCAAAGAAACUUCACAAGGCCGCUUCAGUGGGGGAUUUGGAGAAGUUGAAGGAAUACCUGAAGCACAAGAAACAUGAUGUGGACAAGCGGGACAAAGGACAUAGAACACCUUUGCAUCUGGCCUGUGCUAAUGGAUAUGAAAAUAUUGUAUCUCUCUUAAUUGAGAACAAGUGCCACGUAAAUGUCCUGGAUAGUGAAAAAAGAUCCCCAUUGAUUAAGGCAAUACAGUAUCAAAAGGAAAAUUGUGUUACUAUUCUUCUAGACCACGGUGCAGAUCCACAGCUGGUAGACUUUCGUUACAAUACUGCUCUUCACUAUGCUGUUUGUGGACAAAGUAUUUCAAUAGUCAGAAAACUGCUUGAACAUAAAGCUAAUCUUGAAGCUAAAAAUAAGGAUGGAUAUACUCCACUUCUACUUGCCAUUGUUAAAAAUAAUGCAAAGAUGGUAAAAUUUCUUCUGAAGAAAGGGGCAGAUGUGAAUGCUUCCGAUAAUAAUCAAAGAACAGCUCUUAUGAUUGCUCUCAGUAUUGAACCAACAAGUUUAGUAAGUCUUCUUCUUCAGCAAGGUGUGGACUUAUCUUGCCAAGAUAUUUAUGGUUUUACAGCUGCAGAAUAUGCUUCUUGUAACGGUUUUACUCUAUAUUAUGAGUUAAUUGACAGUUAUGGAAGGUUGGAUAAAGUUGAACCAACAUCUUUCAUUGAAAAUACUAUGUUGGGCAGCACUUGAGGUGCGGAAGAGCUGACAGAAGGUGAUAUUGAAGAAUUAAAGUGGAGCAAAUCAUCAGACAAAUCCUCACAUCCAGGCAAUAAACUUUUACUUUCUACCAUGGUUUCAAUCUGUGGUUAUUAACUGAAAUCAGCCCCCGUACCUCUCCCCCACCUCUGAGAACAUUUAUCAAUGCAGAGAGAUUUAUGGUUGUGAGAACUCAGACCUAGAUUCUAUAUUAUAUGCUGACAAAAAAGAUGAAAAUGUGAUCUGAUGUUCUCUGUAGAGAAGAAUGGUGGGAGUAACUCUCUAGAGUAGGUUAGGAAGAAACAGGAAUAAUUUCAAACCAAAAGAAACUAUUUGACUGGGCUUCAGGGAUAAGGAGGCUUUCCUUGGAUUUUUCAGUACAAACUUUCUCAACUCUAAUAAAAGUUAAUUCACAACAUAGGCACCAGCCAUACAUCAAAGAGUCAGGGUAGGGGAGAUCUUAAGAACAUCAUUGUUAAGUUAAUGUUGUGGGGUAAAAUGAUAUCUGAGUUAGAUCCUGAAGACUGUGUAGAAUUACAACAUGGCUUAUCUAACAAGGUGUAGCUGAUUAGAAACAAAAUCUCAUGUAUUUUAUCACUGAAUUUGCACAUUUCAGGAAAGAAUGUAUACUUGAAACUCUGUGCUGUAGAGGAUGGAUAGUGAACAGAUACUUGACCUGAACUUAAUUGCAAGGUCAAGUACACCUCUCUAUUAUGCCUAUAUGCACAUCAUUGCGAAUCCAUACCUGAAUUCUUAGAACAAUGUUAUAUUAUAAUUAAUUUGUGGUCAGUUAGUGUGAUUGACAAUAACUAAAAUAGAACAUAUUGACCUUUCGUUUAAGAAGUUUUAUAAUAGAAGCCAGCUAU